AUGAGUAAUACGUUAACGGCCAUAUUCUCAUUUUGGAUUUUCUGGAUAAUGACAUGUGAUGCUGGCCCUUCAAGUGCUAGAUGUAAGCUAAAAAAAUAUUCACACAAAGCCAUUCAAAUGGAUCUGAAUGGACUUCGAUGUUGGGAUGACGUUAAGAUAAUGUCAUGUUGGGGUUAUUGCCUAUCUUACGAGAUAUCUCACUGGCAGUUUCCGUAUAAGGAAUCUCAUCAUCCUGUGUGCGUUCACGGUGAACGGAAACAUGCUUCUCUGAAAUUACGUCACUGCGACCCAGGAGUAGAACCAGGGACAGAAGUGUAUCAUUACGUAGAAGCCGCUAGCUGCAAAUGUCAGGUAUGCUCUUCAGAGGACACCAGUUGUGAGUGGCUUCCACCAGAUUCUACUAUAGUCGACGGCUUGAUAAGAGAGCAAUUACUGGAAGACAUGGAAUAA